AUGGAACAGCCAUUCUCGACGUCAAAAGUGACUGUCGAGUACUUCGAUCCUCACGAUGUCUACAAGCUCCUCGCCCCUGGGCUAGUCCCCCGACUUCCUCUACACAAUCUCAACUGGCAAUCGCAUGCCGGGCCUUUGCGGUCUAUUGAUAGUCUCCACGUCGAGCUCAUUCAGGGAGGCAUCGACCCCGCAUCAGCAACAACGCCGCAUCCCCUUCGACGCUCAGGCAGUACGAUCGAUGAUGGCUUCCAGACGCAGACUUUCGGUGGUCGCUCGGCCUCGACCGAGCAAGGAGAUACUGCAUCAAUACCCUCAAGGACUAUUGGCAGCCAGCGACGACACCAGAUUCCCGGUCUACGCCGCACACCCUAUCUCAAGGUGCUCCUUGUGAGAUGCGACGAUAACGAUUCUUACAAGAGUUCUGUCCGAUCAGAAGUCAGAGAGUGGAUCAAGACACAUACACCGUCUUCAAGCAAUUCUAAGAAAAGCAGCAAGCAGGAGAAGCACGAUGCCUUCGAAUGGCUUAUCGUGCAUGUGGUCAUUCCCAACACCGUUGCCGCGACGCAACCAAGGACCAGCGGUCGAUCGGAGGGAGCUGCAGAAAAGGCAACCUCACGAUGGCGCACUGGCUCAACUCCUCUCCUAGAAAAGAUGCGAGCAGACUUUAGCACCCCAAAGACCCCUUUCGAUCGAGUCGCGCAAAUCAGGAUCGGCAUCAACGACCUCCCAUACGACCAGCUACCUAGAGUUGUUCCCGCCGUGCCGACAGGCUACUCAGAGAACGAACACGAUGCCGAAAAUGCCUGGAAUGAGUUGAUUGGAAAGUUCAAGACUCUCAUCUUGAUGUCAUUCGACAUGCGAGUAACCCAGUAUGAGGAGGACAUUAAAGAAAAGGAUGGACAGCGAAGUCUUCCGGGAUGGAACUUUUGCACCUUUUUCAUUCUCAAAGAAGGUUUAGCAAGAGGCUUUGAGAGCGUUGGUCUCGUCGAGGACGCGUUGGUCGGAUACGACGAGCUCAGCGUUGGGCUAGACUCUGUCAUCCAUGAGCAAGCUGAUCAAGGGUCUCCCGAGCGACAUGGCGGCGCCAUGCUCAACUACACAGAGGAACUGAAGAAGUCGGUCACAGCCGCUCUCGCCAGUGUCAGUGGAAACGUGGAGGAUGAGGAGGCCGUUGACCUCCAGUCAAACGAGCCGAUCAAGGAACAAUUCGACGAGAUCCCCAUCAGCGCAACGAAAAAGGCCUAUCGGGAUAUGAUUCUGGCUAACAACGUUUCCGUCUUUGACUUCCGAUGCUACAUAUUUGCUCGACAGAUGGCUCUGCUGUUGCGACUCGGCAAUGCUUGGUCAUCCCGGGAGGAGUUGCUGGCCAAGCUCAAGGAGCAGCAAGACUCUGUCCUGCAUGGUGUUGCGCCUCUUGCACCUCCACCUAAACAGACCGAGGAGGCGGAGAACUUGUCUAUGCUGGCCGAGAUUUGUCGGAGAACUCUACAGUUCAUCCCAGCAGUGUCUCAGGUUAUGCGUCGAGAUAUCCUUACUGCCCUAACGACAGAUGAGGCAGAUGACAAGCACAGCCUUCUCACGAAUCCUCAUCUGUCCGAAGUCAUGGACAACAUUGUCGCCUCGUUCGCCUUUUCCGUUGCGCAGCAGAUCCUCGCCCAGACAUCGUCAAAGGCUCUUCCGAUUCCCCCAUCAACACUCGCCCCUCCGGAGAGUCUCGAGCAGAAAGCAUCUAUCCCUGAACCCAAGACGAUGAUGCAUCCUGCACGAACUUCCUCCCUCCAUGUUCAAACAGGUCCGCAACUCUCACAACCUUUGCCAAGUCCUGGCAUAUUCCCUGGGCCCGGCAUGCCGAAAACCAACAAUGACAAGGAUGCCCAUUUUCUCAAGGCUGGCCUCGAGGACUUGGCUGCUAGGCGCGCCGAGCUUUACAUGCUAUCUCGAAGCAUCCUAGAUGGGUUGGGUAAAAAGCGCGGUUGGAGUGACGGAUGGAACGAAGCGCCCAUCAUUGCGGAAGCUGAGGCCGACUUUGAAGACAUUAGUCUUGAUGACAAGGCUCCUGCUUCUGAUGAAGCUACCUCUGAGGCAUCUGAACCUGAAGAGACCGAUCCUUUGACGGUUGGUGUUGAUAGCCACCUACUCCAAACCGCGCUGGACAACUCGGAUAACUUCUACCGACUUUACGAGAUACUCACAGACAAGGCUCUGCGGCAUUACACGGUAGCGAACCAUGACCACGCUGUGCAAGCCAACAUGGCAGACCUUGCUGUGCUCAAGUUCUUCCUCAAGGAAUACGCUGCCGCCGCCUCCUACUUUUACCGAGCGACACCAUUCUUUGGCGAAAGCGGAUGGAGCUCUCUCGAGCUAUCCAUGCUUGUCAUGUACUUGCACUGUCUUCGCGAAAUGAAGUCACAGGACGAUUACGUGCGUGUCGCCCUCAAGCUUCUUACCAAGUCGUGUGCGGCCGAGAAGGAGAGACUUGAACAACGUUCAAAGAGAGUUUCGACUCUUGGAAAGCCUGAUCCUGUAGAUGCGACCUCGAUGAAGGGCAUUGUGGGCAAUCUGUUUGACCUUGCUUCGUCUUUGUCUUCUCAAGUCAAGGUGCAUCUGUCAAACUUCUUCACGGAUAUCGAACUAGCAGGUGCCCCAGAGUAUUUUGAGGAUGAAGACAAGUGCUGUCUCACAAUCAACCUCUGGAGUCUAUUACCCGACGAGAUCAAGCUGGAUGCCGUGGCUGUCCGAGUGUCGUCAAGCGAGAAUGGGCCUGCCAAGGAGCUAAGGUUCUCAAGAAAGGAGGACAUUGUGUUGAACCCGGGCAUGAACAGUAUCAAAGUGGACUGCACUUCUGUUAUCCCCGGAAAGUACAAGGUCGACCAUCUUGGCCUCUCCUCGAGCAACCUCUUCCUUCACUUCGAACGCGACAUCAACCAUACACCACCAUCAACGACUAAUAUCUUCAAACAUCCCGAUGUUGUGCUCUUCCACCGGUCUGGGGCGCUGGACGUCCAGCUUUCGGCGACUAAGCAUACUGCUCUAGACAAGAACAACACCAUGGACCUCGUCCUUGAUCCGGGCUGGAACACUCUGAAGAAUUGCGAGAUACGGGUGAAGCCGGCAACAGGAGGCCUCCGUCUACUAACGAUUGAAGCCAAGGUGGUCGGAUCAACAGUCGACUUUGCAAAGAAGCCCGAGUCAGGAGGUGUUUUCUUCUUUGACGAGGUUGCUGCCGAGACUCCAUUUACUCUGCGAUUCCCGUACUCUGUUGAACAAGAUAUCGGCGAUGUAUCUGCCAAGGUCGAUGUGUGGUAUACUCUUGAAUCUGGCGAAAAGUACCACUUUGCCAAGUCGAUGGUGGUUCCCAUCUCCUUGGCGUUGGGCGUCAAUGUCCAAGAUGUGUUCAAGCAUGAGGCGCUCUAUUCGCGCUUCAACGUCUCUACAGCGAGCCACAGCCCGUUGCGACUACACAAGAGCGAACUGAUCCCAUCUGUCCUGUUUGAGUCAGAGUUUGGAGUUCCGCCCACUGGCACAACCAUGAUCUUCUCCAAACAACCUGCCACUCUCUUAUACCGGAUAAAGAGAAAGGCUGGCGUCAGACCCGGAAAGCGAGCUGCAAAGACCAUGUACCUCAAACUCUACUACACUGUGCUUCAGACCGAGAUUGAGCAGGUGAUUGUGGGAUCCAUACUCGAGACCCUUGACAAGACUCCGCUCAAGCCAUUUGUGAGGGCCAUCACGACAGCGGUUGUCAAGGAGACAAAGGCGCUACAGACGCAAGACCUGGAGAGAGCAGCUUUGCUAAGGGCAGUGUCUACCCACUUCUUGGCUGAUGUACCAUGGGAAAAGUCGUUUGCUGGCAUUGGAAAGGUACCAGGGUCACAAGAGGAUGCCUCUGAGAGUAUUACAGCUCUGCUCAAGGGUUGGCAAAAGUCUCACCCUAAAGUAUUGAUCCCUACAGAACAGCCAGAGGACCCUUGCACCAUCCUCAUCCCAGUCGAGAUCCCUUCACUUCCUAUCCUACACACAGCCGAUAUCCAGCUUCAGACGCCAGUGACGGAACUCCUAGACCAGCAGCCUGGAGCAAUUCCAACUGUGGCAGUCAACCAGAUGCUCCCUGCGACGCUUCUCCUCAGGUGGACACAAGUAUGGGACACGGACCUACAGCACACCAGGGACAUUGAGUACAGCUACGAGGUGGUAGCACCGGGCGACACUUGGCUCCUCGGAGGCCGUCGCAAGGGCCACUUUGUCAUCCCUGGGUCAUCCAGCGAACCUCUAUCGUCGACGGCCGAAACUGAAGCCGAGAUCCCACUAAUCAUGAUCCCCUUACGCGAGGGCUGGCUGCCGUACCCAGGUGUCGAGAUCCGUGAGGUCAAGGAGGUGCAGGACAACCAACCACAGGGGUGCGAGGUGGACUUGCGGAACCUGGGCGAGUCGGUGCGUGCUGUCGGCGAGAGGAAGGCUGUCACAGUGAGCCUGGAUGCGAGCGGCCCUGGUGGGGGGCCGUUGGUGUUGGAGAGUGAAGACUUUGGGAGGGAAGGGGGAAGGAUCGUGGCGUAG